UGCCCUUUGAUCCCUGCAUUAGUGUUAGUUAGGGGCUCGGAGACGCACUUACACAGAGAGCAGCCAUAGUCAAGACACGGCAACAACAACAGCACAGAACCCUCCUCCUCCUGUGGUCCUAUACCCAACAAUACACUUUAAACCGCGAGGACAAGACAGGUAUACAGUCCCUGCCAUCACUCUCGCCUACAAUCUCAAUGGGAAAAAACCUUUUUUCUUCUUAUCCCUAAAACAAGGAGGAGAAUGUGACAAAAAGGGGGAAAAUGCCAAGGAGGAAGCAGGAGCAACCCAAACGCCUGCCUUCACAUGUGGACAGUGUCGAGGAGAGUGGGCCCGACGGGGUCUGCUGUCCCGUGGAGGACGACGACGGCGGCAUUGGCGGCGGUGGCUGGUACGGGAACGCCUCCGACACACGCUCCGAGUCGUCGUACAGCGGCGACAUCCAUGACGACCAUGAGCUGUUCCUCCACGGGGGCUCCCCCCCCCCUCCCCAGACCGACCUCCAGAACACCCCGACACCUCAACCGAGAGCUCACUGGGGGGCUGCCCUACGCCUGUCCACAGCCACCACCACCACCGGGCCUCUCUUGAGCUCCUGAGUCUAGGGGUGGAUGGAGGGGUGUUCUCUGCCCAAGAUACCCUUUCCUCUGUGGUAUCCUCGCUCUAUGGAGAGGCCGCCUCCGAGGCCCUGGGGAAACCCCUGAGUAGUAACCUGCGGCGCCUCCUAGAGGCUGGGUCGUUGAAGCUGGAUGGGGAACUUCUGGGGAGAGUGAGAGGAGGGGGAGGAGAGUCGCCCCCUAUAGGCUUAGCUCCAGCCCUGACCCUCUCCCCCUCCUCCCAUCAUGCUCAGCAGCUAAGUGCCCUCGCCCGAAAACUGGCGGCCAAUAACAACAACAGUGGAGCCUCUGCCUCGGCCUCGCCCACCUCUGUUGCCAUGUCGACCACCGCCAUCAAGCAGGAGCCCUGCGACCCCUUCACCUCGGUGGUCACCCCGAGCAAUGGCGCUGGCUUCGUGUGGGUGGGAGUGGCCGGUGACGGGAAGUGGCCUCCGGCGAGUUGCGGCGGGUCCAGCCUAUCACCGGACUCGGCCAUCCAGAAGCUGAAAGCGGCAGCCAACGCGGUUUUACAGGACAAGAACGCCACCGUAGUGGCCUCGUCUACUUCCUCUUCAUCAUCCUCCUGCUCUACCAUACCCACCCUGGGAGGAGGGAGCCGGGGAGGAACAGACGACUCGGUACGCUUCGAUGCCUUCACCUCCCCCUUCAGCCCUCAGUCGGCCAGCUCCACGCUAGCCGCCCUGUCCAAGAAGGUGAGCGAGCGCUCCCAGACCACCUCCACCUCCUCAUCAGACCACCAACACCAACCCUCCACCGGCUCCUCCUUCCUCUCCCUGGUCUCUAUGACUUCCUCGGCUGCGCUCCUCAAGGAGGUGGCAGCCCGGGCGGCAGGGAACCUCCUUGCUGAUAAGAUGGAGGCCCCAGCAGGAGGAGGGGCCAUCCAGGAGGACAUCAAGCCCCUGCUGGACAGGAACCAGAAGGCAGGGACCCCCACAGGGCCCUUGAGCACCAUGGACCUGCUGCUGCCCUCCACCCCUAAGGGAAGGGCCAAACCCAGCAGCCAAGCAGAUCAGCAUUCAGCAGACUCCCAGCCAAACACAAUCCCAUCAGUUUACACGGGGCAGGUCCAGAACAGACUAUGGGAGGCGCACAGUACUACACAGAGCCAUGACUACAUGGAACUCUAUUCCACAUCAGGUUCCCCGGGGGAGGACGGAGGGAAGCCGUUCCAAUGUCCGGUGUGUGGCCUUGUCAUCAAGAGGAAGAGCUACUGGAAGAGACACAUGGUGAUCCACACCGGCCUGAAGAGUCACCAGUGUCCCCUGUGCCCCUUCCGCUGCGCCCGCAAAGACAAUCUCAAGUCCCACAUGAAGGUCCACCAGCAUCAGGACCGGGGCGAGACGUUCCAGUGCGAACUUUGCCCUUUCACCUCCUCGCGCCACUUCAGCCUCAAGCUCCACAUGCGCUGCCACCAGCACUUCCCCCGCUCUGGGUCCGCCUCCGACGGGGUCAAGGUCAAGGAAGAGGCCACCACGGACACGGAGGGCGAGGGGUCACUCCUGGGCGAUUUCAACCCCGGGGAAUCCCCCCUCCAGACGGACGCAGGGAACCAGAGCUCCCCUGGAGUCUCCAACCACCACGUCUAUAUAAAAGAAGAGCCCCAGGAGAGGGAGCUGUCGGUGCUGUCGCCCUUCACCCUUUGCAGGGACAGGGAGCGGGAGCGGCCUGGUAGCAGUGGCAACUCCCUGGACCUCUCUAUGGGGGGAGUCGGCUUGGGGGUGGGGGUGCGGUCCAGUCCUGGUGGAGGUCCAACGGCAGCGUCCCUCUUCAGCCCGGACAUCAACACCAAGACAGCCACCGACCUGCUCAUGAAGCUCUCAGCGGCCAACCAGAAGGAAGCCCUGAAGGCUCCACAGUCCUUCCAUUUGAAGCAGGAACCCCGGGCAGAGGAAGAAGAAGUGCGGAGGAGCCCCCGGAGCCAGCCCAGCUACUCCUCCUUCUACCAGGAGCAGGGCGCGGCACUGGGGGCCACAGGGCCAGCAGAGGUCACAGCAGACAGUGGGGGCCACAGGGGGACACUAAAGGGACGGGAGGGAAGCCCCAUGGGAAACAAGAACAGUCUCCUCAGCCAGGACAUCAACUUCAAGGUGGCGUCGGAGCUGCUGAUGAAGCUAUCAGAAAGCAACAAGGACGCUGCCCACUACCAGAAGGUGAUGGUGAAGGCGGAGCCUAUGGAGGUGGACCCGGCCAGCGGCCCAGCCCUGCCCUCUUCUCACCUGCUGUCCUUCAGCACUUUAGGGCUGUGUGAGAAGAGCGAACCAAUGGUCAGCCUCCCUGAGGCGUUGUCCCGCCCCCAGAAGCAAGACCUCUUCUCUCAGGACAUAUCGGUGAAAAUGGCCUCCGAGCUCCUCUUCCAACUCUCAGAAAAAGUCAGCAAAGCCAACGACCACAAAGACAGCAACAUGGUGGGCAUAAGCAGCCCCUUCCUGGACGAGCGUUUCAGACAAUCCCCCUUCAGCCAGCGCUCCAAGUCCUCCUCCCCCGCAGAGGCCAGCUCCUCUGCUAGGACAGCCCUCCACGACCCGGAGAAGGACACCGGAGAGCCGGGGGGGAACGGGAUAUCCCAGGGGAUACUGAGCAGUCAGCAGCUCUACCCCUGUCCUGUCUGUGGCAAGGUGUUUGGCAGACAGCAGACCCUGUCCAGACACCUGUCUCUACACACAGAGGAACGGAAGUAUACGUGUCACCUGUGUCCUUAUGCAGCCAAGUGCAGAGCCAACCUCAACCAGCACCUGACCAUCCACUCUGUCAAGCUGGUCAGCACCGACGCAGAGCAGAUGGUCAGCGCCGUCGCCACCGCUGAGGGACGAGACGGGAAGACCUUCCCCUAUUACUACAGCUGCCAUGCGUGUGGUUUCCAGACGGGGCUGAACGCCCAGUUCGUCAGCCACAUGUCUCUCCACGUGGACAAGGAGCAGUGGAUGUUCGCUCUGUGCUGCAGCGCCUGUGACUACGUCUGCGUGGAGGAGAGUGACAUGAAGUCCCACGUCAGUCACGGACACACAGGUCUGAACUCGCGGAGCCCCCUCAGUGAGACGAAGAGCACCUCCUCCUCCCUGUCGGCCCUCAGCGAUUCGCUGAACAGCUCAGAGAGUGGAGAACUUACCCAUGCCAAUGAGGAGCUCAAGAACCUGCUGGCCCCUCCUUCCUCUGCAGGCAGCCAAUCCAGCUCCAGCAGCCACUCGGGAUCAGGAACUGAAGAGAAGUCUGAGAAAGGCUUCGAGUGCGUCUUCUGCAACUUUGUGUGCAAGACACGGACCAUGUACGAGCGCCACCUCCAGAUCCACCUGAUCACGCGCAUGUUCGAGUGCGACGUGUGCCACAAGUUCCUGAAGACGCCCGAGCAGCUGCUGGAGCACAAGAAGUGCCACACCGUCCCCACCGGAGGGCUCAAGUGCCCCGUCUGCAUUUAUUCCACCAAUCGACCGGUGGCCAUGGAGUGCCACCUGAAGACCCAUUACAAGAUGGAGUACAAGUGUCGCAUCUGCCAAUCGGUGUGGUGCGACCAGCCCGCGCUGGAGAGGCACAUGCGCGAGCAUCGCCUCGGCAACCACUACAAGUGUGAGCAGUGCGGCUACCUGUCCAAGACGGCCAACAAGCUGAUCGAGCACGUGCGCGUGCACACGGGCGAGCGGCCCUUCCACUGCGACCGCUGCGGCUACAGCUGCAAGCGCAAGGACAACCUGAACCUGCACAAGAAGCUGAAACACGCCCCGCGCCAGACCUUCGGCUGCACGGAGUGCCCCUUCACCACCACCCACCCCUUCAUCUUCAGCCGCCACCUCAAGAAGCACCAGAGUGGAGGGGAAGGGGAGGAGGCCGGCGAGGAGGAGUUCCAGGCCCAGCUAGGGGGCUCUCUGGUGGGGUCUCUGCGGGGCGGGGAGCCCUUCCUCCUGGGGGUUGGUGGAGGUGGGAGUAGCGGGGGGAGCGGUAGCAGCAGCCCCCUCAUGAUUCUCUCUGCCUCCCAGGCCCUGCAGUCUGUCGCCCUGUCACUCAUCACAGGGAAACAACACCACCGUCAACAGGAGCUCCCGCCCCCAGCCCAGCGUUACCUGACAGCGACCACAACCAAUGGCGGAGGCCCCUCCCUCUUCUUCCCCUCCCCACGCCAUGUCUACGAGCAGUUGGGAAACUGCGAGCGGGCGCACCUGAUCCCCCUCACAACCCUGUUCACCCACCGCCACCGCUCCACAUUCCACUCGCCCCUCUCCAGACUCCAGAGGCCGCCCUCCUCCGCCCCCCUUUUCCUCUCCUCCACCGCCUCCUCCCCCUCUCCUCCCUCGCCCACCUCACUCAAACACUCCUUCCUGGCUUACCUAGGACUGGGACUGACGGAGAGAGCCAAGACUGUGUGACUGUUCUCCUCUCCUCCUUCUCAUCCCCAUCUCUUCCCCCUCCCUCUCGUUCCCCUUUCUCUCCAUCCCUCUCUCCCUGGACAGUGGUGUGAAUGAUCGUUAUCCACUGCGAUGGGGAAAACUUUCCAAUCAAGCCAGCUGAAUAAGCUGGACAGAGACAGACAAGUAGUUAUUGUAGACAAUGAAUGAAAAAAAAAAAAGAAUUUAUCAGAGAAAAGGCUGUAUGUGCUAAAAAAUGCAUUUAUAUCAAAAGCUGCUUUUCUUAUCUGUUAUAUCGAUUGAAUUAUUACUCUCUCUCUCUACUUUUUAUUUUCUAAUGUUUAUUUUUUGGACUUUUGAAUGACCAGGACCCAACUGCAUUACCUGUAAAACGGAUCCAUGUUUUCUUUUUGUUUUUGUUAGAAAAGUCGAAAAAGAAGAAGAAACAAAACAAGUGCUCUGACAUUUUUAGUGCAUUUUUGUCUUUUGGCUACUACGCAUCAGAAUAGCAUGCCUGCCUCUUUGUUUCUGCUCGCUUUGAUGCACGUCAUUUAAUAGGGUAUGAUGAACCAAUCCCCAGGUUAUUCAAUUGUGAUGCGCCGCGAACAAGAACCAAUGAAACGGAACGCUUUUUCUCAAGUCUCGUUUCCAAAGCAACGCCUCAAACCACGCACUUAAUGAAUUAUUUAACAAAUGUGUACUGUACAUAGUUUUGUAUCUCCCCCACAACUAAGCUUUGACUUUAUCUGUUUGGCUUUGUGUAAUGGUGAAACCAUAUGCAUCAAACGUCGACUUGAACUCACCUUUGUCUCAGGUGGCGGUCGUCUUGGCAACCCAUACACACCGGUGACAUCUUGUACGUUGUUUGAAGUUGUGCGGAGGGGUGGACAGAACAAGUGACAUUCUCUACUCAAGGCCCUUUGCCAACUCAAACGGUUUUCAAAUCAAUGUAACACACGUUAUAGCCUCAUGCUAUAGUCUUUGCUUUCCCCAACUUACCCCUUGUGUAACCGUAGCCUAGUCCCAGGUCUGUUUGUGCUGUCGUGACAAUGACCGUAGGAAUUGGCAAGACACCACAAACAGAUCUGGGACCAGAUUGGUUUUACCCCACCAGCCCACAUCAAAGGAUCCAUGAGGACACCUGUAACCCCUGAGACCAGGGUCCUAUUCAUUAGGCACCAAACGGAAGAAAAAGGACUGAAUCACCAGAACUUGUCGUUAUGCUACGUUGUGCCCUAAUGAAUACAACCCAGGUGUUGUUCGGUCCAGCAUCGUGUGUAGAACUAUGUAUGGACUGGCGCACCAUUAUGUUAGAUACGCUGUAAGAGAGAACUGUUUUGUGGAGGUGACCAGCUAACGGGGUGUUAAAACCCCCAGCGGCUCCGGGCACCACAGGCCGAUUCAAUGGUGCUUUUUGGAGCUCUUUUGUAAUUUUGUGUAAAAGAAAAAACAGAAAGAAACUGUUCCAAAAUGACUUGAAUGAAUGUAUUUUUCUUUAUUGAUGUACGUGAUGCGAACGUGAUACAGAUGUGCGGUGUAGUUACAGGCAGGGACUGUUGGGUACCGUUGCCUAUAUGACAGAAAGCAAGGGGUUGGUUUUUGUAGGUCGGUGGCCUUCUGUGUUUUUUAGGUUGUUCAUUCGUUUUUUUCCCUCUUUCUCUUUUUUACUGAGCCUUUUAAACGUAGGACGAUGAGCGUUUUCUACUAACGUGCAUCGCUAUUAUGAAGCCAUUUUGAUGAAGGCUCCGAUAGGUCCAAUGUUGUUGACGAGGAAGCAGCCAUUGGUUUGGUUUUGGUGGUGUAGCUUCUAUCUCAGUGAGAAGACAUGGUACUGCUUUCUAUUCCCCCUUCGCUCCAUCUCUCAGUUGUAAUUGCACUUAGCUUAGUCCCAUUUCAAAACCAAAAGCACUUAGCUAGUUCAUAUUGUUAUAGUGUAAACGUUUGAGCGGUCGGUCCAAUAGGAUAUCACCAGAAACAGACUUAUUACCUUUUUAAGAUGUUUGCUGUGAACGAUCUGAAUCAAAACCGUGAUUUCCUGAUUUUUGUUGUGUAGACAUUUUGUGGUUUAGUGCGGAGGGUUUUUACCUCUGUAAAAUUGCAGAGCGCAGAUGAACACAAAUUGCAUGAAUUAGGCAGUCGAGGUGGAACUAUACUACGCUGGGAGACCCAAAGGGCCCAGGCUAAAUUGUCAAAGCCAAUUUUGCACAGUGCUGCACUUUUUGAACAUGAAAAAUGUAUUUAUCUGUACAGACGGAGAUGCUCAACAUGGAGAGUGUACAUGAGACCAGGCAGCAUAAUAAAGGCAUUUUGGUUUCUUUUAUGCAAAAGCAUUACCCAUUUAAUUGACCUUGCUCGCAUUCCCAAGUGGUCUUUAAGCCAAAAUGGUUUCUUAUUUGUAAAGGGAUUUUUUUUUAACCUUAAUUGUUUUGCUUGUUUAUUGUACUUUUCAUUUUCUUGUGAUUUUUAUUUUAUAUAUAUUUUAUUUCUUUGUUAUGACAACAACAAAAAUUGAGAGAACAAUGCAUUGUUAAGACCAAAUCAAACUUUAAAAAACGAGGUGGUGAUGCUAGGAUUAAAUCCGUCACUUCCUGGUAACGGAGGGGUAUAACAGUUAAAUCUCUCUCCCGUGGUUGGCUUUCUUUUAGUUCCCUUUGACAACAUAGCAAUGUUCAGCAUGCUGUCCGCUGGUCGCUGCUACAUUAUAGGAGUACAAGGAGCCCCCACCCCUGCCACACACACACACUCCUAGGUCAGCUCCAGCUCCUUAUCUAUCCUCUAAUAUGUAAUACUCUAGUGCCACUUGGUGGAAGGGAACCGCCUGAGACCACUGAGAAUGAGUCAAACUGAUUUUCAGGGUCCAAAUCUAAAAACAAAAAAAUAAGAGGAACAAAAAAGAAUGUGCCCGUCUUUUUACGACUGACUGUAUGCCUUUUAUAUAUAUAUAUAUAUAUAGCUACCGCAUAAUCAUUAUGUAAUCAAGAAUGGCUGCAGUUGUUUCUUCUUCUAGAACGGCCCCUUGGUCUGGUUGGUGAAGAAAAUGCCGACAGGGAUCGCUUCUCUGUCCUUUCCAAACCCACUAUUUUUAAGCACUUAUCGUUUGCUUAUCAUUUUUUGCCUAAAGGUGAUUUUAAAAAAAAAAUGUUAUGUUGAGUGACUACCUUUCUGAGCACUUCGGAGUAUGCAUGACAUCUCUCUCUCUCUCUUUCUCUCUCUCUCUCUCUCUCUCUCUCUCUCUCUCUCUCUCUCUCUCUCUAUUUUAUGACUCGACAAGACAACUCUUCUUUUUUGUGUGUUUUCGUUCAUCUUUUUGGCACUCAGUAAAAAUUGGUAUGUGCUGUAUAAAGCUUUCUGAUUAGUUCAUUGUUAAGGCUGUACAGGGUUGUUUGUGACAACUGGUAAAUAGAUCAUUUGUACUUUUUUGUUUUUUUGUAUUCGUUUUUUCUUUGUUUUGGCAUUAUUUUAUGUUCAAAAGUUGCCAGAUCUAAAUGUAACAGGAUUUGAAAGUAAAGCUUACAACAGAUGUUCCACCUCA